AUGCCUGCAACCGUUGAGAGACGGUACUCCAUCCUAAUCGUCAACCCAAACACAUCAACUCAUAUGACCGAAUCGUUAAUCCCCAUAUUGGAAAAUCUCAAUUUCUCCGAUGUCCUGUUCGAUUUCUUCACCGCUCCGUCGAAGCCUGUCACUCUUCCAGACGGCCGAAUCAUCGACGGUGUGCCCAGCAUUAACUCCGGGGAGGAUUCGGUAAAAUCAGCGUUGCACUGCAUGCCUUUCCUGGAGCCAUUAAUACGCCAAUAUGAUGGCUUCCUUGUGGCAUGCUACUCCGCUCACCCCCUCGUUGGCAUGCUGAAAACAGCGAUUGCAAACCUAGGGAUCAAUGCUCUAACAGGGGGCACAUUGGGACCGGAAGGGACUAGGAAGUAUGUGACAGGCAUCUUCGAAGCAAGUGUUGUCACGUCGGUGUCUUUGACCAGUUCAUUUCACCUCAUCGGUGAUGUAGGAUUUGGCAAGGCUCAAGCCAAGGACACAUUCGGGAUAGUGUCUACUGGUAGUGUCUGGAAGGACGAGCUUAGCCAAGCUGUUACUAAAAUGCUUGUCAAUCCUGAAGAUGACAGGGAUUCUACCCGUCGUUUUGCUGGUGUGGAAACCACUGGACUGACGGCCUUUGAACUACAUACUACUCCUCCCGACGAGGUGAAACGAAGAGUCAGCAAGGCUACUGAGCGGCUUAUUAAGAAUACAUCCGACCCUGUAACUGCAAUUUGCAUGGGCUGUGCUGGCAUGGCAGGAAUGGAGGAGGCAGUUCGAGAGGGAUGCAUUAAAGCAUACGGGCUACAACAAGGGAACCGCGUGAGGAUAAUUGACGGCGUAGUAGCCGGUGCUGGGUUACUUGUUACAAGCUGCAAAGCAGGAUUCUAA